AUGGAUACUCUGAGCCAGUCUGCAAUGCACCUCGCUGCCCAACAGCCUCUUACUACCCCAUCCUUGGAUCUGAACAACAUCCAGGGUGAUAUUCUUGGUGGAUUACCAAAGAAGACAGAGACCUGCUUCUUCUUCCAGAUCACCAACGCUACUUUAUUCAAGGCUCACCUCAAGCUAUUCGUUCCCCUUGUCAAGACAACUGCACAAGUCAUCGCUGACCGCAAAGCUAUCGAUGACAACAAGAAGAAGACUCCCCAUGGCCAGAAACCCGCUCUCCUUCCUAUGGUCGGCGUCAACAUCGCCUUCUCGCGUUUCGGUAUUGACAAGCUCGGCAUCACUGAUGCUGACGAGCUCGGCGACUCUGCCUUCAAUACCGGCCAACUGAAGGACGCCCCUGUCAACCUGGGCGAUAAAGUCGGAAACGACUCUCUUCCUGACUGGGAACCUGCAUUCAAGGAGAAGAUCGAUGCAAUUAUUCUCAUCGCCGGAGACAGCCAUCUUACUGCCGACAAGAAACUACUCGAGAUUCGAGCUCUUUUCGGCGCUUCCAUCCAUGAGGUUACCCACAUCCGAGGGGACGUCAGGCCAGGUGCCGUAUCAGCACACGAGCACUUUGGCUUCCUUGAUGGUGUAUCAAACCCAUCCGUCAUUGGGUUUGAUAAAAAUCCACCUCCGGGUCCGAAACCCGUCAGGGCAGGCGCUUUGCUCGCCGGAGAGGAAGGAGAUUCGAGGACGAAGAGACCGGGCUGGGCGAAGGAUGGGAGCUUCCUCGUCUUCCGGUACCUGUUCCAGCUCGUGCCAGAGUUCGAUGAUUUCUUGAAGAAGCAUCCCAUUAUUGCUCCCGGUCUUUCUCCUGAGGAUGGUAGCGAGCUGAGGGGCGCAAGGAUGAUGGGAAGGUGGAAGAGUGGUGCACCCAUCGACGUCACGCCACUCAAAGAUGAUCCGGAAUUGGCUGCCGACCCUCAGAGGAACAACGACUUCAGUUUCCAAGGGGAGCGCGACGACCAGUCCCGAUGCCCAUUUGCUGCCCACGUUCGCAAGACCCUACCUCGAGCAGACCUCGAAGACGCCGACCCUCCGAUCUCGCUUGAGAAUAGGCGAAUCCUCCGUCGCGGAAUCCAGUUCGGACCCGAGGUAACCCAAAGCGAGAAAGAAGAAGCCAAGACGCAGCACGGAAGAGGUCUUCUCUUUAUGUGCUAUCAGAGCAGUAUUGUCGACGCUUUCCAGUUCAUUCAGCAGAGCUGGGCAAACGACAUCAACUUCCCGCCAUUUGAGGAAACGCCUGCUAUACCUGGAUUUGAUCCUAUCAUUGGUCAAGCUGGGAACGGAGGAAUCAGAACGUUGUCGGGAACCGACCCUGCUGAUCCCAAUGCUGAGCUUACUUUGACGGAGGAGUUUGUCGUUCCUCGUGGUGGGGAAUACUUCUUCACGCCUUCUAUCAAGAGCCUGAAGGAGACCUUUGCGAAAGUUUGA